GAGGAUGACGUUGACAUUGUCUAUCCGCCUGGUGUGAUAGUAUAUCGUGGUGCCUCAUUUCUCUUGAUAGUGUGUAAAGGUGUGUGAAUUCAUCACACACAAUAGAGGAUGUCAUCCAGGGUAUGAUACAUGGCUGGUUGUUCACCGGUUGAUGAUUGUUAGUUGUCAAAGAUGAUCUUAUUUGAAACUAUAUUGCUCCAUUAUAUUUUCUACAUACUUUACAUCUGGGCUUAGUCAUUUAAGUUUACACUGCAAACUUUUAUCACCCACAUAAAAAAUAAAAAAAAUGGUGUAUAUAAUUUUUUCAGUGGAGUCCAUGAUUUUGCAGCAGUGGUGUGCUGAACACUUGAGGCAGCAACAUACAGUAUGUAGGUAGACAUAAGUAUCGCCCCCUGCUGGCUAUUAGAGCUUGCCAUCCAUGGCACUGUAAUAUCACUACACUAAUAUGAAAGGAAAAUUAGAUACAUAGAUAGAUGUUGGUAUUUUAUUUCAGUACUUUAGUAUUUGUUAUUUUGCGUGACUAUGCUUGUGUGUUAUCAUACGAUCAGACUGUAAUAAUAUCUGCAUAAGUCUCAAGGAAUGUUUUUGUUACGCUUCUCUGUAUCUCUGUCAUUUGUGUGUCUGUGUGUGACAGCGAUGUCAUUGAGUCAGCUGGGCCUACUGUGGCUGGCUUUGUGCCGAUGCCUGGUCCCUUUGUUGAGGUCUUCCUGUCAGCUGGCGGUCAGCUCCAGAGUCCCACUGCUGUUCCCAAAUACAUGUCAUCGAGACAUCGCCCCCACUGCCGCCACCUGCGUUCUCCUGUAUGCCACCAAGAUGAGUAAAGUGAAGGCAGCGAAGGGCCAGGCGGCCAAAGUGAACAUCAACUCCUCACUGGCGGAGGAUAUCAUCAGUCUGGAGGAAGUGAAUGAGGAGAUGGCCGCCGUCCUCACCGCCCUGAAAGAGGACUUCAGCCGCAACCUGAGCAUCAAAACCUCUUCAGGAGCUCUGGAUCAUAUCGUGGUGCACACGACAGAUGGCAAAUUCCCCCUGAACCAGUUGGGUCAGAUGUCCAUGAAACCCCCUCAGCUCAUCGUGGUCAACAUGACCGGCUUCCCACACACUGCUGGCUGGGCCAUGGCUGCUGCCACCCGCGCCCUGCGUGAGAGCAGCAUGAAACUCAACCCUGAGGUGGACAGAACCAUCAUCCGGGUGCUUAUUCCCAAGGUGACGCGUGAGUACAUGAGAGCGGGGCAGUUCACUAUUAAGUCCAAGGAGUCUCUGAGGAGGGUGUGACCGUGUCAGAGGACACCAUCCAAUUGGUGGAGAAACAAGUACUGAGACAGGGGUAGGGCAAAAUGGCAAACGGCUUUUGCAGCGGAUAUAGACAUGCAGCUGGCCGCCAAAACCAAAGGUGACAUUACUAAAAUUACCACAACUCUAUUUUUGAUACAAUCAUGUUUGCAAUGGUUCCUCCUGCAAAUAUGACUGAACACGAUAAUGAACACAAUACUGAACACGAUAAUCAACACAAUACUGAACACGACAAUGAACACGAUACUGAACACGAUAAUGAACACAGUACUGAACACGAUAAUGAACACAAUACUGAACACAAUACUGAACACGAUACUGAACACAAUACUGAACACGAUACUGAACACGAUAAUGAACACAGUACUGAACAUGAUAAUGAACACAAUACUGAACACGAUAAUGAACACAAUACUGAAAACGAUAAUGAACACAAUACUGAACACGGUACUGAACACAAUACUGAACACGACAAUGAACACGAUAAUGAACACAGUACUGAACACGAUAAUGAACACAGUACUGACCACGAUAAUGAACACAAUACCGAACACGAUAAUGAACACGAUCAUGAACACGAUACUGAACACGAUACUGAACACAAUACUGAACAUGAUACUGAACACGAUACUGAACACGACACUGAACACGAUACUGAACACAAUACUGAACAUGAUACUGAACACGAUACCGAAUCCUCAACAAAAACAAAAGUGUAUGUUUAACGAUGGAGAAUUGAGGGAGAGCACACACUGUACUGUACUGUACUGUAGGUUUGGUUGGCGCUAGCUCUGGGGUUGUUUGUGUGUUCCACUCAUGCAUAAACAGAAGUUGGCAUGGCACGACAGUGGCUGCUGGGUUUCUCUGUCGCUCUCGUCUUAAAACAAACACAGAGGGGAGAAAUGGACU